AUGGCGACAGGAAAGACAGAAAACAAAGACCUUCAGGCCAACUCGCUGUUCGAUGUGUCCCACAUCACAGCGGUUGUGACCGGUGGCGGCACUGGCAUAGGCCUUAUGAUAACACAGGCUCUGCAAUCUAAUGGAGCAAAGGUGUAUAUCACAGGCCGUCGGGAAGAUGUCUUGAAGCAGACAGCCAAAGUGUACAGCACUGGGCCCGGCAGUAUCCAUCCCUUGGUCGGCGAUAUCAGCAAGAAGGAAGAGACCAUUCGCUUAGCCAAGGAACUCGAGAGCCAGGAGCCAAAUGGCAUUCAGUUGCUGGUCAACAAUGCCGGCAUUGCGAGGGACGAUGAUACGAAAUUCUCGGCGAAUGGCGAGCCAGACUACAAGGACGCGAAGGCCAUCUCAGAGCACUUCCUCCAGACCAAGGAGGAGCAAUGGGCCGAGACGUUAAGGACGAACGUUGCAGCACAGUACUUUAUGUCGAUGGCUUUCCUACCGCUUCUCGGCAAAGGAGGUUCCCAGAAGCCCGGCUACUCAUCGCAGAUUGUCAAUGUUUCUUCCAUUUCCGGAGCCAUGAAAGGCUCCAGCCGAGGGCAAUUUGCCUAUGCCACGUCCAAGGCCGCUUUCACUCACCUGUCCCGCAUGUUGGCGACCACAUUCAAAGAUGUGCCGGUCCGAGUCAACGUGAUUGCACCUGGGCUGUUCCCGAGCGAGAUGACGGCCGGGUCUUCAGACGAGGAAAACAAGAGCCAGCUUAACACCAAGUCGACGAACCCUGCCGGCAGAACAGGUCACGACACUGACAUGGGGGCUACGAUUCUGCUCUUGGCUGGAAAGGGCGGACUUUUCUAUAAUGGUCAAAUCCUUUAUCCGGAUGGCGGAGUUGAAUGGCCAGGUGUCUGCGUGCCGCCUCCGUCAACUCACCGGGCAACAGCAGCCAAAGACCUAAAAGUCUAUCCGACCCAUGCGUGUUUCCGUCAAUUUGGAUUUCCAAUUAUCCUGAAUGGCGAGGGUGAGAUGUCACUGGGUGGCAUCGUACUACCCCACGACCCAAGUCCGGCGUUUACGGUCUUUAUCGGGGUUCGACUUGAUGAGGACAGGAGGAAAUGGCUUACGUCCGAGUUGACAAGACUUGUAGCACGCAUCAACAGCGAACAAUGCGUUGCAUGGUACUACGAUACCCGCUCAGAAGCCGGGCUGCGCGAUGAAGUCUUUGCUCCUGAGCUGCACGUAGACUACUCCAAGAUCCUGGGCGGCGAGCCCUUCACCGUCACCGGCCCGGCGUGGGCGGCGCAGGCGAAGAAGCUUUUUGGGACACUGACACGGACCAGAUACCUUAUAAUCGAGCUGCCCCAGCCCGGCUCAUCGUCAACGCCUCCUGAGAAGUGCACAGUCCUCGGCCAGUGUGGCGCGUCGAUGGUGCGCCAGGGAGCCAGCGGAGGGAGCAGCCUCUUGCAGAACGGGGGCCAAGCCAUCAUUGAAGUCGUUCGUCUACCAGAACUGGAAGCUAAAGGGGUCAACCCAUGGAGGGUCAGCAGCCAGAUAAUCACCCCGGCGUGGGAACUAGGAAACAAGGCUGUCCUCGAAGGGCUCCAGGCCCAGGAGUCUUAG